UGGAAAAAGCAGUCCGGUUUUGAAGCGAACUGCUUGUUCGGUAGAAGUCUGGCAGCGACACGAAAGCAAGACCCUGAGAUCUCCGCGCUCACACCAAAAGUGCUUAGUGUAGUGUUGGAGGUGUUCGGAGGGGGCUCACUACUUCUUAACUUUUCGCUUUUAUCUUGUUAUCCCACCGUGUGUAAAUGCAAGCAAAUUCGGAACUGAUAUCUGGGCGUGCCAAGACAGCCAUCCGCAUCGUUAGGGAAUCUCGGUGAAACAAGCGCGUCUAAGUGUCCGCGAUUCGUGUUCUAGUCGGAAAGUGGCUGACUAAUGAGAUUCAAAUGAUGAAGCGCCGCUCGUUAGCCGGAAACUGCGGAGUGGGAGUGUUCGUGAUAGCCCUGGUAACCGUAGUGGUGGCCUUUGCGACGCCCAGCUGGCUUGUCAGUGACUACCGGAUCACCGGGGCGAAGCUCGAUCGGUUGGGCCUGUGGACUCACUGCUUCCGCUCGCUGCCGGAUGUAAAUGACGACUAUCAGCGGAGGUUCUUCGUCGGGUGCCGGUGGGUGUACGAUCCGUUCACGAAGGGAUACGAUGAGAUUCGAGGGUUCCUGAUACCACCGUUUAUGGUUGCCACCCAGUUUUUCUACACGCUGUGUACGAUCGGAGUCAUACUGGCCACGAUAAUGGUGCUGUUCUUCUUCCUGUGCGCCGGACCGGAUCAAAAAUUCUUCCUCAAACUGAUUAGGACCAUGGGUUACCUAACGUUGGGGUCGGGGAUUUCCGGCGGCAUCGGCGUCAUCGUGUUUGCCAUCUUCGGCAACAAGGACAAGUGGAUGCCGGAGCACGCCAACAAUUGGUUCGGGUGGUCCUUCAUCCUGGCCUGCAUCGGUGCCGUGGCAUUAGGGGUGGCCGCAGCACUGUUCCUCGCCGAAGCGCACGUGCAAACGCGGAAACGAAGGCAACUGAAAGAGUCCCAAACCCGUUUCCAGAUGGAUAGCGAGUCGAAGGCUUAGGGCGCUCAUCGAGCAGAGGUACGGUGUGCUCAAUCGUGACGAACAAUGAAUCGACAUACGCACAUAGCAUGUUUAGGAAGCAGAUGGUAAACAGUACAAUCGGGAAAAUAUGCCUUUUAAAAAAAUGAAAUACUGUAAAUACGAACAUUUUACUACACUCCAUUAAAAUCAGAUUGUUUUAUCUCGUACAUAAUGAAAACACUAAUCCGUCCAGUAUAGGAUAUAGAAUCUCUAAGUUUACACAUCGUUAAUAAGUAAGAAAUUUUAAUUUACAUAUUUCUGUUUGUCAGUUACAAUCAAACAUUCCUUAACUUCAUUUUAUACCACAGGUUGCCAAAAUGAAGAAACGAUGUAUGUAAGUGUAACAGUUUUCGAGUUUUUCGAAUUCAGGAAAUCUUUAUUAUUGCUUACUUAAGAAUCGUACAACUGACAAAGACCAGUUCUUUUAAGUUUCCCCAUUUUAGUUAAUGGUUUUAUGAUUUUCUUUUUUUUUUCAUUGUUUCGAUGUGUAACAACAUCAACAAUUGCUGCCUUGAAUAAGAUAAUAACUAUAUAAAUGGAUAUAUUGCGGACGCGGUAAGCGUUUCUACGAAAUCCAAGCAAAAUUAUGAAUCUGCAACGAUCUGGAGAGUAUUCCAGAAAACGAUCAAAUUGCGAUUGGACUCAACAUUAUUGUCAAACGUUUUAUUGUGCGUUUCCCUGCCCUGUGUGGUUUGGGAGGCGUGUUAGAUGCGUAGGUUAGACUAAUGCUAAGAGAUAGAUGAUUUUCUAAUAUUGUAGGAAAUAAAAACGAAAACAUUCGAAUCAAUAAAUAUUUUCUAGCCUUA